UUGGGCCCGGGGCAGCCUCGCUGGGCCAACUACAUCAAGGGUGUCAUCCAGCACUACCGGGGUGGGCUGGUGCCAGGCUUCAGUGCGGUGGUUGCCAGUGACAUCCCCAUCGGCGGGGGGGGGGGUGGCCUGUCCCAGAGCCGCUAACCUGCAUCUCUGUCUCUCUGCUCUGGAACAGAUGAUGGUGAUUUGGUAGCCAAGGCGCUGGCGUGCCAGAAAGCAGAGCACACGUUUGCCAGCAUGCCCUGCGGGAUCAUGGACCAGUUCAUAUCUGUGAUGGGCGAGGAAGGCCACGCGCUGCUCAUUGACUGCAGGUCCCUGGAGACUGUCCUCAUCCCGCUGGCUGAUGCCCGCCUGGAGGCGGCGGCAGCACUCGGCAAGGCCACCCUGCGAGAUGCCACCAUGGCCGAGCUGGAAGGUGGGGACAAACCCUUCCUCAGUUCUGGCUGCUCCUUAGGGCAGCAGGAGCUUGGUCUGGGGGAGGAAGUGUACCGGCGAGCCAGGCACGUCAUUAGCGAGAUAGCACGGACGGCGCAGGCAGCGCAAGUGCUGCGGGACAGGGACUACCAGAUGUUCGGGAGGCUGAUGGUGGAGAGUCACAACUCCCUCAGGGAUGACUACGAAGUGAGCUGCCCAGAGCUGGAUGAGCUGGUAGCAGCAGCCAUGGAGGUUGAUGGCAGGAUGACAGGGGGAGGCUUUGGAGGCUGCACGGUGACGCUGCUGGAGGCCAGAGCUGCAGAGAGAGCCCAGCAUCACAUCCAGGAGAAAUACAGUGGCACAGCCACCUUCUACCUCACCAAACCCUCCGGAGGGGCAAAGGUGCUGCCCCUGUAG